AUGCCUGCAAGAGGCGCACAGGCGGAGGAGUAUCCCUCGUGGGUUGGGUGUGUGUUCAUUUUCAAUCUUAUCGUCGGCACGGGAGCCCUGGCACUUCCGUCUGCCUUCAGCCGCGCAGGAUGGAUUCUUGGGACGUGCGCAAUCGUGGUGCUAGCCUUCGUGAGCUACGUUACUGUUACGUUUGUUAUUGAAACGAUGGCCUGUGCCAAUGCCGUCCAAAACUGGCGGCGGCUACAGUGCAUCAAGCGCGAUCGGGUCGUGGAACACGACGAGGACAGCAACGUGGAAACGAUCGUCGAACCGGCACCAUCCGAAAUCAGUUCGGAUGAAGGAAACCCGUCGGAGCAGCAACAAUUGAUGGCCCACGAUGCGAACAUCGAGCAGACGCCCCUGAACAUUAUGUACUGCCGCCAGACGUACUACAGCCUCUCGAGCAAAAUCGAGCUCGGCGAGAUGGCCAACAUGUUUUUCGGGCGCACCGGUCGCUUCCUGUUCUACCUCUGUCUCGCCGUUUACCUGUACGGUGAUCUGAGCAUCUAUACGGCAGCCGUCGCUAAAAGCUUGCGGGACGUGAUGUGUGCCCAUAACCAACCGGCGAAUGCGACCGAUGCGGACGAUCGGACGGAGCUCUGUUGGCAGGGCGGGUUACUGACGCGACUGGACGUGUACCGGUUGUGUGAGGUAGGAUUCGCGGCCCUCCUCGGUCCAUUUGCCCUUUUCAACGUACAGAAGACAAAGUACCUCCAGCUGCUGACCGUGAUGUUCCGCUGGUUGGCGUUCAGCGUAAUGAUUAGUAUCGCCGUGCAUCGUUUACUGGCACCGGUCGACGACGCAGUCCCGAUUGUGCCGAAGCGAGCCGAUAUUACUGCCCUGCCAUACUUGAUCGGGACGUGCAUUUACUCGUUCAUGUGUCACCAUUCGCUACCCAGUCUUCUCACUCCGAUCGCCAACAAGAACAACCUGAAGGUGCUGGUGUCACUUGACUACGCCCUUAUUGGGGUGUUUUACCUCCUGCUCGCCCUCACGGGAGUGUUUGCUUUCGGCGAUAUUAAGGACCUCUACACGCUGAACUUCAUACCGAGUGCCGACCAAACCAACGGGCUGCUGAAGGCGAUCGAGUACUUCCUGGCGCUGUUUCCCGUCUUGACGCUCUCCGCAAGCUUUCCGAUCAUAGCGAUCACACUCCGCGACAACCUUCAGACACUGUUUUACGAUUCUACACAGGUUGACCUCGAGCCGUACAUGGUAUGCUGUCACCGGGCGUUUUUCGCGAUGCUCGCUAUUCUACCACCGGUGAUGGUGUGCUUCUUUACCGAAAGUGUUAGCAACCUCGUCGGUUUUACGGGAUGUUACGCCGGGACCGGCAUUCAGUACCUCAUCCCGUUGGCACUCGUCUGGUCGGCGCGCCGUCGCUGCGACAACAUGAUCGGCCGGGGGAUCAUUAACCAGUUCCGGAGCCCGUUCAAGGGAAACCUUUGGUUGACGCUCGUGUUCGGGUGGACCGUCACCUGUCUGGUGCUAGUAACGCUCGAUCUCGCCCUGUAAAUUCUGGAUCCUUCUGGUCGCAUGCUACCCUCCGACAAAGCAAAACACGAGACUGAACCGGCGUGUGAAACGAUCUCUCGUCGUGAUUUCCUCUAGAGUAUCUUCCUUUAGCCGUGACCAACGCAGAACGGCGACUGAAAUGCGCACAAACACUGCGAACACAAUGGUGCUUGGCGAUGGCUGAGCCGGAUUUUAUUUAGUAAUGGCAAAAGAAAGCCACAUUCCCAUAGCAUUUUUUAGUACAGCAUACGAGGACCCUUUCGAGGAAGUGGCAAUAAUUCUACAGAUGGUGAAAUGGAA